AUGGUCAUUGGGCUUCUUGCCAUCACGGCGAUUCCCACCGUCACGGGUGUGGGCCAAGCCAUCAGCGCUCAGAAAAAGGCCAACGCAGCCAACAAGGAAAAGGAAAAGUUUCGCCUGACGGCAGUUGUCGAGGAAGGAGACGAAGAGGAAGACUACGAGACGGAUUUCUGUGUGCUGAAAGAUGGAAAGUUGAAUGUCAAUAUCCCGCUGGACACCGAGUUCCCUGGGUACGCCUUUUGCGGCUACUACUUCACGUACCCCAGCGAGGAGAAGCACCUGGGGUUAGUAACCACCAUCUCUGACGAUCCGCCGAUGCUCAACUGGAUGUACAUCAACAAGGACACGCACGCGGUGGAGUAUGGCGGACGCAAAGAUACCCUUGGUCACGUCAUCGGGCCCUGGGGAUGGAGCGAGGACGAGUCCUUCUUGACCGUGCAAGGAAAAGACGAGUGCUUUGUGGCGAAGCUGGAGCGAGACGACAACGGGAGAUCACGGUGGGUGGUGUACUGGGAUCCGGAUAGCGAGAUACUAGCCACGAGUGAGGUGGAGGAGUGCAAGCCGCUGAGGCUGAGGAGGAGGAUGUUGCUGGGCAUGGACAGCAAGUAUGUGAGAGACUAG